AUGGAUAGUAUGAAAGACCACAUAUUUUCGGAAUUCCAAACCAUGAAGAAUGAAGUUUCCUCUGCGCGUGCGUCAAUUGCCUCGUUGGAAACUUUUGUUAAGGCAGAGUUUGCGAAUCUACAAAAUCCCUACGGGAAUGGUGGUAUGUAUGGUGAGGACCCAAUUGGUGGAUACAGCGCACGAAUGCCCCAACCCGGAAGACAAGGGAUGGGUCAUGAUCAAUGGCCAAGUCCAAGGGAUGAAGAAGGUCGUCAGGUAUGGAAUGGAACAUACAUGUUCUCUAUUACUAUUCCAUUUGUAGUUUCAAAUUAUUCUAUGCUAGCCACUUCUGAAGUAUUCCAUAUGAGCAAUUGGAGUUGGGUUGACCAUGUCUUUCUUACCUUUUUCCAGGGGUUUUUUUCCACUGAUAAGGGAUGUGCUGCUACUGGAAGUCAAACCCCAGACUACGUGUCUGAGCUUACGGGGGCCCGGGAUAAGUCGAUUGUGAACCCCCCAGUGGCGUCCUCUGUACUCGGUGGUGAGGAACCUGACGAAAAUGUCAAUGAUGUGUCCACCAAGCUGGUGGUCUCUCCACUGCACACCUCGUCUGCUCCUGGAGAUGGAGUUCAAAAAGGACCUCCAACGUUCAGUCCUGCAGAGAAUACUCAUGUUGUACAGGAAUCGACGGCUGUUACCUCAGUAGUAUCAGACAUACACACGGAAGCUCCUCCGGUGUCAAAUUUCGAAAGUAGCACUAGCCAAGCAGAGAUUGCGGUAUCAGAUGUUCUUCAGGCACCUCCAACGUCCAGUCCUGCAGAGAAUACUAAUGUUGUUGAGGCACCUUCCUCCGCUGAUAUGAUGGUAAAUCAAUUUGACGAUCUCGCGAAGGGAACGACCGGCAGCCCCACGUGUGACACAACUAAAAUUGUUCCACACAUUGUCUCUACCUCGGCCCAAGAGUCUACAAUUCCCCAAGUAGCUUAUGAAUCUACUAUUGAACCCAUGGACAAUGUUGAGAGGUCGAUUGAGGGCACAGAGGCCGAGGUUGUACCGAAGCCGAAAAAAAGUGGACGUCUUCAGAACUCUACUACCACCAUCCAACCUGAUGGCUUCUUACGCUACAGCAAACGAUCGCGUCAGAGUCCUGAUAGGUACACCCCAUCUGAAGGAGGUCGUAAGCCAGAACAAGCGAAACGAACUCGGCUUAACGCAAAGGCGCAGGUCGAAUGCCCUAGACAACCUACUGCAGUAUCAGAGACUACAGGUUUUGUGGGUGGUUUUACACCAUUGCUCCCCCCAAAUCCUACUAGACGGAUUGCAUUCCUCAAGGCUAUGGAGCAUGCUAAGAAUCAGCAACCCUCUGAACGUGACAGCUUUCAAACUGACACGUUAAUGUCUUUCUUCGACUGCACCAAGGUGGCUUCUGAGAAGGCAGUUGAUCAUGUCCUGGAAUACAUCCGGAAGCGCAGGGAUGGUUGUUCAGCUGUGGUGACCCUCAUGUUGUUAGAGAUGCACGCUGUAGGAAAGUCGAUGAAUUCUCCUCAUUUCAGUGAAGAGCAGGUAAAGACAGCUGCCGAGAAUUAUGCAAUUGAAGCACUUCAGCUGUAUCAGCCCGGGAAACUUCCUCGUGCUGAGUAG